AAUCAUACGUAUCGCUCGUUCAAAAAUUAGAAAAAAGAUGAACGCCACGAGUCUUUACGUAUCAACGUGUCGAUUAGUUUUACAAGCAGACGCUGAUGAUCCAAAUUCGUGGACAGAUCUAUAUAGGCUAGUUCCGUAUUUGCGACAGAGCCUUAGCUGUACUGUGUGUUCAAAUUUGUUAAUUGAACCUCAUACACCAACUGAAACUAAUUGUCAACAUCAUGUGUGUCGUGGGUGUAGGGGUGGACGUAAGAAACUUAAACCUUCGUGUGGUUGGUGCAAGGACUACGACAAAUAUGUCGAGAAUGUUCAAUUACGAAUAUUGUUACAGUGUUAUAAAAAACUGUGUGAAUACUUGACAAACACAAACAUUUAUCGAAGUUUAAUACUUUCGGUGUCUUCCAAUAAAACAGGCAAUAGUGCAUCUGCUAUUGGUGUUACCAGUCUUAUGGAACUUAUACAAGAAGGUUCUGGCUUCAAAGAUGAGUUUAAAAGUACUGCUGGUUUGUCAAAGUCUGCGUACAGUAUUUUACCAUGUGUUUACACAAGUACAACUUCAACCCAGACGCAAGGAAAUACUAUACAAACUCCCGAAACGAUAUCACAAAGUAUACCUGAAUUACCUGCUAUUCGUACUGUAUCAAAUGGAUCCUCAAUAUACUCUGUGAUGUAUGCUGGGUCUGGUAACAAAAUAACAAUAAAACGGAAAGCAGCUGCUGUGGAAGAUACAGAAGUAGGACAACAGGAUUUGGAUGGAAGUCAACACAGCUCUGUAGGAGGGGUAAAAUGUAUUCCAUCUUCCCACCUUAAAUAUGGGACCCCUUCUCAGAAAAAAUCUUCAAAGGGCAGCAAAUCGUCAGGUUUUAAAAAACCAAGGUCGAGUUCUGCGCGGAGUAAGAGAAAAGGGUGUAGAUGUGGGAAUGCUACAGCAAUACCUGGAAAACUAACUUGUUGUGGUCAACGGUGUCCCUGUUAUGUUGAAAGUAAACCUUGCGUGGAGUGUAGAUGCAGAGGUUGUAGGAAUCCUCACACAGCAGAUGGAUUAAAGAUUCGGCCACAUAUACCUGAGUUACAUAAUUUACAGUUACAACUAUCAACACCAUUGGACUGCGAUACAUUAAAUUCAGAUCCAUUAGGAUCAGUACCACAAUGCCUUUCAACUUCUCCAACAACAAUUCAAGUAUUAAAUGUUUAUUCAACACCGAGAUUAGAUAUCGAUAACGUACCACAAAAUCUACCUGCCGCCUUGUUAGUAGGAGAAGAUGCUAUGAUUAGUACUGAAAGUGAAGCUGAAGACAGUGAUAUACAAAUUGAUGUGUGAUAAUUCAAAUGUUUAAUAUAUUAAGACCAAUCUGUCUAUUAUUGAAAUAAGAAGUUA